AUGAAGGAACCAGAGACUGAUUCGAUUCAAGAAGUUUCUUCCUCAGUAUCUUCAGACCUGACACAAACCAAGGAACAUGAUUAUAAUGGCAUAUCUGAGGAUUCAGGCUUGUCCAGUUCUCCCACCCAUGGUCCAUUCCAACCACUUUACUCUGUCAAAGUACCUAAUGCUGUAAAAAAUGGGGAGGCUUUACAGUUUACCAUCUGUGUAUCAAAGUUGGGUAGUGAGGAGUCUGAGGAAGUAGUUCGUGAGUAUGAGGACUUAGAAUGGCUACAGCAUUGCUUAAUGACUGAAGAUGGAGUUGUUGGCUGCAUUAUCCCUCCCCUUCCUGCAAAGCCAGAAUAUGAUGCCAAGGCUGCCGAGUCCAAAACAAAGAAGCAGCUAGGCAGUGAUGCCAAUAUCAUCAUGGCUGAUGAGUUUCACAAAGACUGUAGGAAUGUAGAAAGAUACUUGAAAAUGGUGAUUUCCCAUGAAAAGUUUGGAAAAAGUGAAUUACUGAAGAAUUUUCUUUGUGAGAAAGAGGCAGCAGUGAGGACAAAACUGAAGAAGAGUUUGUUUAUGCGAGUCUCCCAGGCAGUGGAUGAGGCGAGGAAAGGCCAACAUAAGGAUGUAGAUGAAUACUUCCAGACACAGCGGGAUUGGGCCACUAAAUAUGCAGCUUGUAUAAAAGAGUCUUCUCUGAAUUUCAACAAGAUGUUGUUUGCACAGAUGAGAUUAGCCAACUGUUAUGGUCACUUAACAACAGUACUCAAGGAGACCAUUCCGUUUACAGAUGACUCUCAAAAAGAGAUGAACAGAUACCAGUUGAUUCUUGGUGAGGGUGCAGAAAAUGUCAAGCAUGGCCUAGAAGUUAUGUCUAGAAAUGAUGAAAAAAGCUUGGGAGUUCAUCUUGAUCUGUAUGCCAAGUACAUGGAAAGUGUGAAGGAGAUGUUAUUUAGGAGGACUUGUUUGCUGGUGACAUAUGAAGAUGCCAACAAGUCUCUAGAGAAAGCCAAGCCAAACAAAAGAACAGCAGCAGAGGAGGUCAAACUUACCACUGAGAAAUCAUUUGAAGAAUGCUCAGACACUGCCAGACGGGAGUUGAAGUCCUUCAGGCAACAGAGACUUUUGGCCUUUGGGGAGGCAUUGUCUACGUUUGUCGAGGCUCAGAUUAAAACAUCUAGAGACAGCAUCACUCUCCUGCUCCGGACUCUCAAGUCAAUUAAGUGUCCAGAUGAUAGCAAGGCCACCACAGAAUGAUUUGUCAAGGAUCUAGUUCUAUUUAUUAAGAGAAAAUAUGAUUCUCCAAAAUUCCUUGUCGCCAAAUUCUUGUGCCUUCUGCUCGCCUGCAUCAGUUGAGCACUUUUUAAUGGUGAGGCCAUGUCUAUAGAUACAUGUAACAAUCAGUAGCCAAAAAAAAUUUUUUUGUUGUUCAAUUAUUAAUAAUUUUGAGAAAAGGAAAUUUUAUGUAAUAUACAAAUUGUAUUUUGAGUUGUUACAAUUUUGAAGAUGUUUUUGAUGUACUAUCUAGAUUUUUAAAAAUAUUUUCUUUAGAAUUGAACUUUGAAGGUAAACGUAAAAAAUAAUACACAAUUUCUGUGAUAGCCGUUUAUUUUACUUGAUAGUUGACAAUGUAUCAUUUUUAUAAGAAAUGUAUGCCAUUUACAUUCCAUUUAGUCACAUUUGUCAAUUCGGCACACAUACUAAGCCUUACUGAUGUUACUAAUUACCCUAUGUGUAUAUUUUUUUCUGUAGCUAUAAAGUACACAUUGUGUUCAGUGAUUUUUUUAUGUAUAUGAUUGUGAUGCCUAAGGAUAUUAAUACAUUUACAUUCCUGCAAAAAUGUUUAGUCAAAUAAUGUGCAAUAAUAAAUUUUCUAAUGAUUGUUUAUUAUAUGUUAUAGCAAUGUAAAAUAUUUGCAUGGGAAAUAUUAAAAAAUCAUACAUUUUAUCU